AUGAUCUCAUUAAUUUUUGUCUUCUUAAUAACUACGUAUGCCUAAACAUAUGUCGGAUAAAAUUUAUGUUCAGCAUUAACAUCGGUAACUUGUGGGGCUGAUGAGCUUGCUGGUAAAGGCUGGUGCUUUUGGGAUAGGUAAAUUGUGACAGUAUUAAAUUAGCACUCUCGCUACUCCUGCUUGUGUAACCUUACCUUGCUAUCUUAUUGAUGAAGUAGCAGCCUGUCGAACAGGAGGAUCAUUAUAAACUGGCGGUGCAAAUACAGAAUGUGAUUCCUUGGAGACAUUUAGUCUUUAAUAUGAUAAUGUUUGCUGUGAUAAGAAUCUUGGAAAACUGAAUUAUGCCUUCGUAAGAUUCACCAUGAAUUUUGAUGGGUCUGUCGAUUCAACCAAUGAUGCCACUCCAAUUCCUAUGGCAUCUUUGAAUGUUGCUACCAGUGUCAAAGAAAUGUUUAAAUUGUAUACAAUCAACCCUUGGUUAGUUUCUUAGGAAACAAGUGAGGACAAUUUUCAAAGCAAACUUCUUGCCAUCUUAAAUAAAUAUUUAGAACCAGCAACUCGAGAUGUUCUACUUUAGUAAUCAAGAUCUCACCCCUUCUACUUAGAGAGAACAGUCUACCAAUCCCUAUAAUUACUCAGGGACUGGACCGUCAUACAUAGGUCUACCCUUGCUUUAAGAAGUGCUAUUCUGCCUUAGAUUUGGAGUUUAGCACUUGUUGCUCUAACUAGAAUGACGACAUUUUAACCCAAUUAUUAUCAAACCAACUAUUAUUUUAUCAACUUUGCCAUCAUUCCUUAUUUUAGAAACUCUCUCAAGAUGUCAGGUCAAUUGCACACUUUGACCAUUGAUUGGAGUGGCUAUAACUAUGCUGAUAAAGGCUAUGUGAUGGUUUAUUCAUAUGCACCAGAACAAUUUGGAAUUAUUAAAGCUUAUACUGAUGUUGUUUGUAUUCGUCCAUUUCUAGGAAGCACUGUAGCAUAUGUAAGCAAAGAAGAUAACUAUGAUAAUUUAUUUGUUUCGCUUAAAUUUACCUAUUAUUGGUCAGAUACCACUCUAACUAUCGAUUAAACUUAACUUAGAUUAUAUUCAAUUAGUGAUGACACCUAAACUAUCACAGACACUCUUGUUUCCUUUACUUGUACUCUUGCUUCAAGAAUAUGUACACAUACAGGAACUUAUACGCCAUCUACUCUUCCAUCUAAUGGAAAAGGAUAAAAUUAUUUUAUAGCUCACGUUAACUAUAAUCUAGCAUAAAGUGACAAAAAGAGAGCAUAAUGUAUUUUGGCUUACAAGACCUGGACAACUGUUUGUGCUUGAGAUUUUAUUGAGAGAUUAAAAAUUAGUUUUUAAAUAAUUU